AUGACGCCAUUGGUUCAAGUAAUAGAAAAUAUUGAUAAAAAAGUAUUAACAAAAAAAGAAAAGGCUUAUGAGUUGUGGGUAAGUGUAGAUGUAAGUGUUGAUGUAGAUGUGAGCGUGUGUGGGUGGGGUGAUGAAGGGGCAAAAAGAAAGAAUCCAUUAGUUUGGUGCAGAGAAAUUAAUAUCUAUAUUACUAUUACUAUCUUCUUUCUUUCGGGGAAGACGGUCUAUCAAUUGCAACAACAACGACCAGAAGAAAAAAAAUUCUUCUGUUCCAAUGGUUACAUAGGGUUCAAAGCGCUGUACGAGUGUGUUGUAUAUAUUUAA